AUGUGGUUGUACCACUGGGCCAAGGUAACGGUAACGGCUACGUCACCAACUAGUGUUGGGUACCCAUCAAGAGACAGAGACAGUCAGCUGUUUAGUAGCACCGGAAGGAACAUAAGGAAUUUACCAUGCGUUUCCAGGAAGAGCAAUCUGAGCGGAGUCUGCAUGUUCGCAAUAGACUGUUUGAAGGCAAAUGGUACACAUUUGGGCACAUGCAUUGACAGAUUCUACUUCGGUUCGUGCUGUCACAUCGACCCCAUAGAUGAGCUGGACAUCAUACCUUCAAGGGAACCACCACAUAGGACUUCUUCCAGCACGACCAGCCCUUCAACUGUAACAAUAACUACAACAACCAAGGCCAAACCUCAGUUAACUGAACUAACGUUGAUUGCCAAAGUAACGGAAGCAACGCCGUUCAAAACAACGAAUCCGUACUCCCUUCAAACAUUCCAGAGCGUCGAAAACAACGAGAUCACGACGACGUUGAAACCUUUUCCGGUUACGAAACGCCCAACAUCGAAACCCGUAAAACCCGUCACUGUCAAACCCAAACCAAAACCAUCUACAAAACCAUCGCUCAACAUCACAGUAAUCACAAGACCAACGCGGCCACGCGUCACUACAAAACCCACAAAAAUCACAAAACCAACCACGAUAAAACCCAUCAAAACGACAACUAGCAAAAAAAUCAUCACUACAACGACUCCAACACCUACUACGAUAAUAACAACAAGGAAACCAAUUACAACAACUACAGCAACUAAAAAACCAGUUGUGGUGACUACAACGAAAACUCCAAUUAUUAUAACUACAACUAAAAAGCCUUUGGUGACUACGACUAAGAAACCUGUAACGACCACAACAACCACCACUCAAAAAACUACAACCACCAGGAAAACAACUAAGAAGCCAAUAACUACAAUUAAAACAACUACAGAACCACAAACAACCACAAGAGCUACAACCACUACUGUUAAACCUGAAGUAUCGCCACAGGCCACCACAGCAACAGCAUCAACCACUGAGACUCUUGUUAAAGUACCGGUGGUGCAAGAUGAACUGCAAACUGCAACGGCUACAACAACCAUGAAAACUACAACGAUGGAAUCGAGUAACGAAUUACCGGUGGAUGUAAACGCUACCUCAUUAUUAGAAUCGGUGAACGGAAAUCCUGCAACGAAUGAAAUCGAAUCGGUGAAACCUGCAAUUACCGCAGAAACUGAAGGAACGACAUCAUCAAAUUUGAUUACAUGGGCUGAAAUCAAUGCCAAUACGACAAUUGUUACAACGACGACCGUGCCGACGACAGCACCGACGACAACCUCCUCGAUCUUAAACGCAACAACAGAACCGGAAGACUGGGUACCGAUAACUAAUGGAUGGGUUCUUUUGACGGAGCCUUCGAAGGAUGCAACAACGGCCACAACUCAAAAAGAGGCUGCAUCUACCAUGACUUCUACUAUGCCCUCAACCCUGUCUGCAUCUACAACUACUACAACCGGUGCAGCCACGGAAACCGCAAGUACAUCAUCAUCCGUUGAAUCCGUGGUGACAUCGAUGUCAUCCGAAGUGAACAGCUUAGGAUCGGAAGGAAGCACCAUGGAUACGAUAACCGAAACCACAUCAAGCGAUCAAUCGCUUAACAUGAGCGAUUUCACAGACGUUUGCGGUCGCAGGAUGUUUCCGGAAGCGAGGAUAGUUGGCGGGGAGAAGUCGCCGUUCGGAAAAUGGCCCUGGCAGAUAUCCUUAAGACAAUGGAGGACCUCAACCUAUCUGCACAAGUGCGGAGCUGCACUCCUUAACGAAAAUUGGGCCAUAACUGCAGCCCAUUGUGUCGACAACGUUCCACCAAGUGAUUUGCUACUGCGAUUGGGUGAGCACGACUUAUCGGCGGAUACUGAACCGUAUCUUCACGAGGAGAGGAGGGUGCAGAUCGUUGCCUCGCAUCCGCAAUUCGAUCCAAGGACUUUCGAAUACGAUCUGGCCCUUUUGAGAUUCUAUCAGCCGGUCAAAUUCCAGCCAAACAUUCUUCCGGUCUGCGUACCACAGGACGAUGAACACUUCGUCGGAAAAACGGCAUACGUCACUGGAUGGGGCCGAUUAUACGAAGAUGGGCCACUGCCUAGUGUUUUGCAAGAAGUUUCGGUUCCAGUCAUAAAUAAUACAGUGUGCGAGUCCAUGUAUCGAUCGGCAGGGUACAUAGAGCACAUCCCGGAUAUCUUCAUCUGCGCCGGAUGGAGGCGAGGUGGAUACGACUCGUGCGAAGGAGACUCCGGUGGUCCCAUGGUUAUACAGAGGCCUGACAAGAGAUUCCUCCUCGCCGGAGUCAUAUCCUGGGGAAUCGGAUGCGCCGAACCGAACCAACCUGGAGUCUACACGAGGAUCAGCGAGUUCAGAGAGUGGAUAAACCAGAUAUUGAAAUUCUAAAAAAAAAUACCGUGACUUAGUGUAUACAAUUACUGUGUGAUGAUAAUGAUGAUGACUUUGACCGCUCGCGAAUAGACGAUUCCCACAAUUCAAGAU